AUGACUGCGACAUCGAUGACGAGUUAUCAGCGGCCCGCCACCAGCCCGAAGGCCUGGAUGGUCUCCAAGCCCGGACCAUGUUCUCCAAGAGAGAAAUCCAGUCUCUGUACAGGGGCUUCAAAAACGAAUGUCCUAGUGGAAUGGUGGAUGAGAAAACUUUCAAAUCAAUUUAUUCCCAGUUUUUCCCUCAGGGAGAUGUCACAACGUACGCGCACUUCCUGUUUAAGGCGUUCGACACAGACAACAGUGGAGCGAUUCGAUUUGAGGAUUUUGUUAUCGGUCUGUCUGUGUUACUGCGGGGGACCGCGAACGAGAAGCUCAUCUGGGCCUUUAACCUGUACGACAUCAACAAGGACGGCUACGUGACCAAGGAGGAGAUGUUGGCCAUUAUCCAGUCCAUCUACGACAUGAUGGGGCGUUACACGUACCCUGCCCUGCACCCAGAGAGCCCCCUUCAACACGUGGAGAGGUUCUUCCAGAAGAUGGACAGAAACCGUGACGGCGUGGUGACGAUUGAUGAGUUCCUGGAUGCCUGUCAAACGGAUGAGAAUAUCAUGCAUUCUAUGCAGCUCUUUGAGAACGCUCUUUAGAAGCAUCUGAACCCUCGACUGAGUUGGGACAACACAGGCAGGACCUCUAUAUCUUGUCUCACACACUUUGUAAUCCUGAGGAUCUCCAAGUAUGCUAUUUCCUUGACAAAAACUAUUUUAAAUACACUUCAAUUAACAAUGAGGAAUAAUUGUUCCAUUGUAUUGUGACUUUUCUCAGCAAGGUUUGACUAAGCAAGGACUGCUCCUCUAGGGUAGAGAUAUUUUUUCCAAUGGAAAUAAUGUUAUUCCGUCCAACAUCCUGAAUCUGACAGAUUCCAACGUUCUCUGGACUUUAAAGGAAUGGGAUGGAAUAAAAUGGACUAACGGGCGCUGACGGCCUUUCACCCUCCUUGAGGCUUCCAGGAGAAGAAGGAUUGAGACACGGAGCCUUCACUAAAAGCUGGCAGUGACUGGAAGCUCGUGCAAGUGGAGACCGGUGAAGCACUGAGGCAACAAACUGGAAAUUAUUCAAGCAGGGAAGCAAAUCAAAGUCCCAGCGUGGGCGGUGCAGCGGGUAGAGCCACUGCCUCACGGCGCCGGAGACCCCGGGUUCCAUCCUGACCUUGG